UGGUGCUCGGCGGAUGGAUACGAUGACUCACUGAAACCCAUGUGUAUAAAGAUGCGUUGUGCACCAAAAGGAAGUUCCUUUCCUUUUCCCUGCGUCAGUGAGCACAAGGGACAGCUCUUUUGCUGCAUUUUAUUCAAGAAAAGUCAACGAAAUUAACAAGAUGCCUGAAGAAAUGCACCAAGAGGAGGAGGCUGAGACCUUUGCUUUCCAAGCAGAGAUUGCUCAGCUGAUGUCCCUGAUCAUCAACACCUUUUAUUCCAACAAGGAGAUUUUCCUCAGGGAGUUGAUCUCCAAUGCCUCUGAUGCUCUGGACAAAAUCCGCUAUGAGAGCUUGACCGAACCCACCAAGAUGGACAGUGGCAAGGAGCUGAAAAUUGACAUCAUCCCCAACAAAGCUGACCGCACCCUGACCCUUAUCGACACUGGAAUUGGCAUGACCAAAGCCGACCUUAUCAACAACCUUGGUACUAUUGCCAAGUCUGGCACAAAGGCCUUCAUGGAGGCCCUGCAGGCUGGAGCUGACAUCUCCAUGAUUGGUCAGUUUGGUGUGGGUUUCUACUCCGCUUACCUCGUUGCUGAGAAAGUGGUGGUCAUCACCAAGCACAAUGAUGAUGAGCAGUACGCCUGGGAGUCAUCUGCCGGGGGUUCCUUUACAGUCAAGGUUGACAGUGGUGAGCCCAUUGGCCGUGGAACAAAGAUCAUCCUGCACCUGAAGGAAGACCAGACAGAGUACAUUGAGGAAAAGAGGGUCAAGGAGAUUGUGAAGAAGCACUCCCAGUUCAUUGGCUAUCCCAUCACUCUCUUUGUGGAGAAGGAGCGUGACAAGGAGAUCAGCGACGAUGAGGCAGAAGAGGAGAAAGCAGAGAAGGAAGAGAAAGAGGAAGGUGAGGACAAGCCAAAGAUUGAGGAUGUAGGCUCAGAUGACGAAGAGGACUCCAAAGACAAGGACAAGAAGAAGAAAAAGAAGAUCAAGGAGAAGUACAUCGACCAGGAGGAGCUGAACAAGACCAAGCCCAUCUGGACCAGGAACCCAGAUGACAUCACAAAUGAGGAGUAUGGUGAAUUCUACAAGAGUCUGACCAAUGACUGGGAGGAUCACCUGGCUGUCAAGCACUUCUCAGUGGAAGGCCAGCUGGAGUUCCGGGCUCUGCUCUUUGUUCCUCGUCGUGCACCUUUCGACCUCUUUGAGAACAAGAAAAAGAAGAAUAACAUCAAGCUUUACGUCAGGAGGGUGUUCAUCAUGGAUAACUGUGAAGAGCUCAUCCCAGAGUACCUGAACUUCAUCCGUGGUGUUGUGGACUCUGAAGACCUGCCACUCAACAUCUCCAGAGAAAUGCUGCAGCAGAGCAAAAUCCUGAAAGUCAUUCGCAAGAACAUCGUGAAGAAGUGUCUGGAGCUGUUCGCUGAACUCGCAGAGGACAAAGACAACUACAAGAAGUUCUAUGAGGGUUUUUCUAAGAACAUCAAGCUCGGCAUCCAUGAGGACUCUCAAAACCGCAAGAAGCUGUCUGAACUUCUGCGCUACCACAGCUCCCAGUCUGGAGACGAGAUGACCUCCCUCACAGAGUACCUGACCCGCAUGAAGGAAAACCAGAAGGCCAUCUAUUACAUUACUGGUGAGAGCAAGGACCAGGUUGCCAACUCUGCCUUUGUCGAGCGCGUCCGCAAGCGUGGCUUUGAGGUCCUCUACAUGACCGAGCCCAUUGACGAGUACUGCGUCCAGCAGUUGAAGGAGUUCGAUGGCAAGACGCUUGUGUCUGUCACCAAAGAGGGCCUGGAGCUGCCAGAGGAUGAGGAGGAGAAGAAAAAGAUGGAGGAGGACAAGGCAAAGUAUGAGAAUCUCUGCAAACUCAUGAAGGAGAUCCUCGACAAGAAAGUGGAAAAGGUGACCGUGUCCAACAGACUGGUGUCCUCUCCCUGCUGCAUUGUGACCAGCACUUACGGCUGGACGGCCAACAUGGAGAGGAUCAUGAAGGCCCAGGCACUCAGGGACAACUCCACCAUGGGCUACAUGAUGGCCAAGAAGCACUUGGAGAUCAACCCCGACCACCCUAUUGUGGAGACUCUGAGGCAGAAGGCAGAGGCUGACAAGAACGACAAAGCUGUGAAGGACCUGGUCAUCCUGCUGUUUGAGACCGCCCUGCUGUCCUCGGGCUUCUCCCUGGACGACCCACAGACCCACUCCAACCGCAUCUACAGAAUGAUCAAGCUCGGCUUGGGCAUCGACGAUGACGAUGUUCCGACUGAGGAGGCCACGACCACAGCUGUCCCCGAGGAGAUGCCCCCACUAGAAGGCGAUGGGGAUGAUGAUGCUUCACGCAUGGAGGAAGUUGAUUAAACAGACCUCACCCAAACUUAAAACACUUCAGCCCUGUUUUUUCCAAUAGCUCAUCCUUAAAAAGUGCAGUAACUGCAAAACUAAUAAGUCAUUCCUGUUGUGUGGUGGACCAGUGUUGCUCUUGUUGCUGAGAGCAUUCUGCUGCGAGACCUUGAAAAAAGCGAUUUUGUUUUUGUUUUUUUUGCUGUUAAAGUUCAUGGUGGCCACACAUUGUUUUAACAAGUACCCUGUUGCACUGAGUUUUAAAUGUUGGUGUGGUAAACGUGCAAACACAGGAACUGUACAUUCCUUAUUGGAUCGGGUCCGUAGAGUUCUGGGAGGUUCUGUUCAUGUGCAAUACUGCACGCUGCAUGGAUAGAGGACUGUUUGAUUCCCUUGCCUGUGUACAGGCGUAUCUGUAUUCAAAGUCUUGUUUUUGCAAAAAAAAAAUUAAAGAUGGAAUACCUUAUUUCUUUCUGUAUUUGUGUAUUUUGUUUGUAUUUCUGCACAAUCAUGACUGGCUCUCAGCUGUAUGGUGCUGAUCCCACCACCACUAGGUGGAGACAAACUAAAAGUUGAUGCUUUUGGUGUGCAAGCAACAUUAGGUGCUGCUGUUGGGUGAGUUAUGCUGAAACUUAAUUUGCCUGAAGGACUUGAAAGUGUAUCUGUUCACAAAUGGCUGAAGGUGAGGGACAUGUCUGCUGCAGUUUGGGUCAUAACACUGUAACGCUGUCCCUUCUGGCCAUUUAAUGUCUUUCUGUUAAAUGAUUAACGGUAAUGAAGCUAAUAGUUUGGCUGUUUAAUU